CUGAAGUAUAAAUAAGGCCAGCAGUUGCGGACAUUUAACGACAUUGCACUUUGCUCAUCGCAUCAAGACUGAACCAUAGCAUCGCAGGUGAUCAAAUGGCUCGCAAUCUCGUACUGAUCUUGCUCCUUGUUGUGAUGGCUGCAGCAUUUUGCGCUGCCCAGCAGUACGUUGAGGUCCCAGUUAAAGAUGAAAGAGGAAUCGAUCAUCCGACUGCAGCAGCUGACGUUGAUUUAGACGAUUCGGUAACAUCCAACGGACGAACUAAACGCCACCGACCGUUCCUGGCGGGAUUGCUGGUCGGCUCCGCACUCCGUCGCCCAUAUUACGGCGGCUAUGGCGGAGGCUAUGGCGGAGGCUACGGCGGAUACGGACAUUAUCCGAAUUAUUAUGGAGGAUAUGGUGGCUACGGGGGCCAUUACUAUGGCUAAACUAUUCAAGGAAAACGCCUGAGAUGAUUGACUCGGCUGCAGAAUAUUAUACGGACCCGUCAUCAUAUUACCGAACAAGUUUUUUCCCCAGCAGGUCCUUUGGCUAAACAUUUCUCUGACAACCCUUUUAUUACUGUUCAUUCACCCCUGAAUGAAUUAUCUUAUUACUGUUAUUAGACUGUUGCUGUUAUUCAUAAUUAUACACUAAUUAUUGUUGACCAAAA